CAGAGGCUUGCUACUACUUUGUGGCCCAGUCCAACCUGUGUUUUCUGAGUUGGUGCCUGACGACCCUCCUGAAUGAAUGAGUGGGUGGGCCCUGACAUCGAUGUGGUGGGACCGCUGGAAAUCCCACCCAGCGAUGAAUUCUCCAUCUCAGAGAGCUCCCACCUGUUCGAUAUUCUGGCAGACCAAGGCAGUCCUCUCCUUCAGGAUCCUGACAUCUUACCAUUCACCAGCCAUCCCAGUAUGCAGUACAUGUCCAUGGAGCCAACCAUGUCUUCCACACCAUACUACUCCAGUCAGAACUACUACCCUUCGUACAACGGAGACGAAUGGUACUCACACACAGGGAUUUAUGAACUGAGGAAAGGACCCCUGGAGGUCAGCUAUGAUGCUGAGAUGGAGGAGGUGUCCACUGUCGUGCCCGCCGUGUGCAAGAGGACCCGGCACAUGCCGCAGGCUGGAAGGGUCAAAGGGGAGGAACUGUGUGUUGUGUGUGGAGACAAGGCCUCUGGAUAUCACUAUAAUGCUCUCACCUGUGAGGGAUGUAAAGGUUUUUUCAGACGGAGCAUAACAAAGAACGCAGUGUACAAAUGCAAGAGUGGCGGAAACUGUGAGAUGGACAUGUAUAUGCGCAGGAAAUGCCAGGAGUGUCGGCUAAGAAAGUGCAAGCAGAUGGGCAUGCUGGCUGAAUGCCUGCUAACAGAGAUCCAGUGUAAAUCUAAAAGGCUGCGAAAGAACACCAAGGCCUCCCCGGGACAGUCAACGGGAGACGAGACAGAGGGGGCAGACAACACAGACAACAAACAGGUCACCUCAACCACCAAGCUGUCAAAGGAAAAAGUUGAAAUCACCAAAGAGCAGCAGGCACUCAUAAAGGUCAUCCUAGAUGCUUACAACAGACAUCAGAUUCCUCAAGAUAUGGCCAAAAAAUUGCUGCAAGACCAAUACAGUGCAGAGGAAAACUUCCUCUUAUUGACGGAAAUGGCAACAAGUCAAGUUCAAGUUCUGGUGGAGUUUACAAAAAAUAUUCCAGGGUUUCUCUCUCUGGAUCGUGAGGAUCAGAUCGCUCUGCUGAAGGGUUCAGCUGUGGAAGCCAUGUUUCUGCGCUCAGCGCAGGUUUUGAGCAAGAAGAUGCCCAACGGACACACAGAGGUUUUGGAGGAGAGAAUACGCAAGAGUGGUAUAUCAGAGGAAUUCAUCACACCCAUGUUCAACUUUUACAAAAGCAUUGGUGAACUCCACAUGAUGCAGGAGGAACAGGCUCUCCUCACCACCAUAACCAUCCUGACACCAGAUCGACCUUAUGUGAAGGAUCAGCAGGCUGUUGAGAGACUUCAGGAGACCAUACUGGACGUGCUGAGAAAGCUGUGCGUCCUGCAGCAUCCACAGGAGCCACAGUACUUUGCUCGUCUCCUGGGCCGUCUGACGGAGCUGAGAACGCUCAGCCACUACCACGCGGAGAUGCUCACAUCCUGGAGAGUGAACGACCACAAAUUUACCCCGCUGCUCUGUGAGAUUUGGGAUGUGCAGUGACACACCAGAGGUGAAGAGAGUGGAAAGAUAUGGAUGAUAAUAUGGACAUUUCAGCUUGCAAGGCAAAGUCAUGGUUCAACUGUAUAUUUAUAUUGGAUGAUUUGACAAUUUGAAAUUAAAUCCCUGCACAAAAUGUUUGCCUCUGUGUGACCUUGUUAGUUGUGUAUUGACUCGGUGAAUGGUUUAGAGUAUUGUCUGUGUUUAUUCUGCUCAUGGAGUUUUUUAUGACUCACAUCAUGUUUAUUUACUGUGUGAUUCUUGAGAUUGUCUCAUUGUUGAGACAUUUGAAAUAGCUUAUUUUUUAUUGUCCCAUAUUGUCCCAACGUGAACACUGGAAAUUAUCCAAAGCAAAGAUGGUGCUCAUUAGAAGUGUAAAGUUUAGAUUACAUUGAUUUUAAUAAUAGGUUCAUUUAUUUUUUAUUUGUAAAACAAA